AUGGACCUUCUUGGGGCCGACCGCCGCGGCCAUCUUUACUUCUCCAACAUCAACACGACGCGUCUAUCUCGACGCCGUUCCUCCACAAUGGCUUCCACGCGAGAGGAGCGGCUGCAAAUGCGACAGCGCGGAGCUGGGACGCAUAAGACUAAAGCAAUUGAUUUCGGCUUUUCUUUCGGAGGCGCUGCAACGGGACCUUCAAAUUCAACUGCGCUACCUCUUUUCCCCGAGCCGGUACAACCAUCGCAAACCGAGACUGCGCCGCCCGCGACGACGACGACAUCACCAGGUUCGCAAACCGAUGGCAGGAUACGGCGCACACCUGGAAGCGCGCGUAAUAGACUACCAGCGCGCCCUUCACCAUACGAUAUACCGGCCGAUGAUGAGCCUACUCAGCCCCGCAGCAACAAAAGGAGGAAGCUCAGCCCACGAAGCCAGAAGUCCAAUAACCCUUCGCAACCUCUCAUCACCGCCUCAGGAAACAUAUUCUCAACACUCACGGCCCAGAAUGGCAAUACAGACGCUCCCUCCAGCAAGAGCGUCGAAGCUCCUGCAACGGAAACCCUCGUGCCGGCAACUCAACCAGAAACAAGUCCUCGGCCAGAGACCUCGAUCGAUGAGAAUAACCGGACGGAAGGGAAGCAGGGCACCAACGGAGUGGAGGUAAACCCAGAGGCUAUUUCGGAACCUCCACAUGAUAGCGAGACAAUCCCUGCCGGAUCCCGGCCAUCCAAGGUGCCACCACGUGAGAAGCGAACUGUUGUCGAUCAAGACCAACCCCCCAAGAAUACCCAGCAGAAGCGCCGAAAGAGUCGAUCACCGCAGCAGGAUGAAGUUGCGCCGAAAGAGAACGAGGCACGACUGGCUAAGAGACCGUCAAGGAAGUCGAGUUCGCCAGCUGCACAGAGAGAAAAACAUACGAGAUCCAAAGACGUACAGAGACGUGGUGAUUCCGAUGCCACGGAAGCUAGUCAAUCCUCGACAGCCGAUGCAAGUGCGAAUGCAGGCCGGCAAGAGACACAGAUUACAAGCCCUAGCACUACGGAUGUGGGAAUCAGUGCCCAAACAGAUUCAAGACCAUCGUCUCGAGAUGCGGAUCUGCCAAAGUCUAAGCGUGUCCGGACUCGCAACGCCAAGAGUAAGAGCUCGCAGUCUGCAGAGAAUGUGACUACACAAACGGCAGGUCAAGACCCUGAGGUUGAGACCCGUGACGAGCCGACGUCGCCAGAUACAAAUGCAGAGGAGCCAACGCCAGAGGCUGAAGCUGAAGAGCCGGAUGGUACUGAAACUGCUCAGGCUGAUGCUCAACCAAAAAGAAAACGGGUUCGACGCAAACCGUCGCCUACUGGUGACACGGCCAAGGCGAAAGAAGUCAAAGCUCGUCCAGAGGGCCUGUCAGGAUCUACUGCGCCUGCAGGCGAGGCAUCUACAGCAGCCAAACGCUCACGCCGAGGCAAGAAAAGCGACGCGCAGCCGCAGCCGGAAUCGGUUGAACCCGAGCCAGAGCCAGAGGCUGAUGUACGUACCGAGACAGAAGCUGGUCCUUCACAAUCUCGGCGCGGCAAGUCAAACAAAGGCAAGGGCAAGCAAGCUGCAGAACCGGAGCGGGCACCCUCAGAAGAGCAACCCGACCAGGAACCACAAGAGCCGCGACGGAAGAUGAGAGAGCCUCGGGGCGAGACUGUACCUGUCACCGUUCAUCGUCUUGCCAAUGUUUCUGCCCUUGGUGCAAUGUAUGCUUCUGCGGAGGGAUCUGGUAAUGAAAACGAGGAGUCUCCCGAUGGCCUCCUAUCUCGCCUGAAUACCAAACUCCCUAAUCGCGGCGGCGUCAAUCCGGCCGACGUGUUGGGACAGAUUUGUCGCGAGACGUUGGAGAAGACGCUCGAGAAACUCAAGACAGGGAUUGAGAACGAAACCAAUGCUCAAAAACGUGCUGAAUGGUCUCGCAAGCGCAAGGCCGUCGAGGCGUUUGGCUUAGAAUUGGAUAGUCGUCUCAUGGACAUGAGCGAGAUCCUCGACAACAACUUUGUGCUGGGGAUGCAGCUCAGAAAGGCGAAGCGUGAUAUGAUGGAUCUGCGGAGUCAUCUGUACAAGGUGCGGAAAGAGCGAGAGAGUAUAGCUAUACAAAUGGAUGCGGUGCGCGCCAAGCACAUCGAGGAGGAGAAUGCAAAGACGGCUCGCAAUACCAUCAACAAUUCGCUGCACAGUCUCGAAAUGGCGCUCGAUCGCAGCCAACACCGUGCUGAACCCAGCAGCGAGGUCUCCCCGUAG